AUGCCCCCUAGCACUCCUAGCCAACGUCGACCUCAGCAGAAAUUUAAUAGUCCAAAUGCUGAUAUGAUUCGCUUUUCACCUAGGAGUGGUUUAAUGAACAAACUUAACAUUGACCCAAAGAAUGUUGAUUGUCUGCAACUUUGUAUGGAUGUUCCUUUCCUUGAUCAUCCUUAUCUAAUUGGACCUCGUGGAAGGAAAAGCCAGUACUUCAUGACACGUUACAAAUCAUUGCUACACUUUCCUGAUACUAAUACUCGACCUGAUGGACUCAAAUUGAACAACGUUUUGAUUAGCGGUUCAAUGAAGAAUGUUGAGGAAAUUCGUUCACAGAUUCGUUUGCGCACUCCAAUUCGUGUUAUUGUCCAGAUUGAGGCUUCUAAUCCGCGUCAAUUUGUUUCACGCAUAGAGGAUAAAAUCAACGAGCAAUCGUUGCCUAUUCGCUUUAAUGUCUCCGAUGACUUUACCAAUGGAGUGUUGAAAACUGAGUGGCGCAAUGAAGAACUUCUCAUAGAAUUCUUUAAUGAAAAUUUCCAACUCAAACAGGGCAAGAAGAGUUCCUCAAACGAUUUGUUGACUUUUGCUUAG